GCUCGGUUUUGUUUUCUCCGGCCUCAGUGUUUGCCAUCAAAAGUUUGCAAUCAAAUCGAAAUUUCGGAUUUUUUUAGUGGAAAGUCGUGUGUUUUAUUGGUUGUAAUUUGUGAUUUUGUUGUCCCGAGUCCGUCGGUAAUCUUCCAGUGCCAUGUCCAAAAACAAAGAUAAACUAAACAGCUCGAACACGCUGUUCAAUUAUUUCGCAAAGUCGCCAGCCACACCAAAGAUCAAACAGGUGUCCGGAUCGUCGAAUCUCGGAACACCGGUGAGCAGUUCGAACGGCGGAACCCCGAAGGUAAUCAAGCAGGAGAAAGUUACGCCGUCACCGGCGGCAAAGGACAAGCCGCUUAAUGGCAUUGAUGACGAAGACGAGGACGAGAUCCAGCCCAUGAAGAAGCGACGGCGGAUCGUCAUGAUGGAUGAUGAGGACGGUGAUUCGGACAGCGAGAAUCGCCAGAAGAACGAUAAGACGCCGCCGAAGGCCGAGUUGCUGACAUCGUUUAAACGGGUAGAAAAGGACGAAGCCUCAGAAUCUCCAGUGCAGAAGAAGGUCAAAAAAGAGGCGGACGACGUGGCCGAAGGAAAACCAGAUCUGGCGGAUUUGGGCGCGGAGGAGGAUAAGGGUGCUUCGGUUUUGGACGAGCCGACCGUGUGGGCUCAUCAGAAGCUGGACUUCUUGAAGCCGGAGAAGAUCAAGGACAUUCAGGGAAACAGGCCAAGCAGCGAGAAGUACGACUCGAGGACGCUUUAUGUGCCGGAAUCGUUCCUGGGCACGCUGACUCCGGCCAUGCGUCAAUGGUGGGAGCUGAAAUGCCGCCACAUGGACUGUGUGCUGUUCUUCAAAGUGGGCAAAUUCUACGAGCUGUACCACAUGGACGCCACUGUGGGAGUGGAAGAACUGGGAUUCUCCUAUAUGAAGGGUGAGUUUGCCCACUCGGGAUUCCCGGAACAGGCGUACGAGAGGAUGGCCACUUUGCUCGUGGAUAAGGGCUUCAAAGUGGCACGCGUGGAGCAAACGGAGACCCCGGACAUGAUGCAGGAGAGAUGCAGAAAGAACAAAACCAAUUCCAAGUAUGAUAAGGUGGUGAAGCGAGAGAUUUGCCAAGUUUCGCUGAAGGGGACGGAGGUUUUUGGUCAGCAAGUGCACUUGACCCUCAACCAUCAGCCGAAGUACAUGUUGGCCAUUACUGAGAGAAUCAAGGGGGAGGUUGGCAGUCGGUAUGGCGUCUGCUUCAUAGAUACUUCCCUAGGGGUUUUCCACGUUGGAGAAUUUGAAGACGAUUCGCAAGGUUCUCGACUGUUGACACUGCUGUCCCAUUACGCUCCAGCUUUGGUUCUUCAGGAGCGAAAUGUGGUUUCCGCCGCAACUCAGCAGAUCUUCAAAACCGUUCUGGCUGGAAUCCGAAAGGAAGCUCUGACUAACGAAUCUCAAUUCUGGUCUGCGGAAAGAACGUUGAAAUAUCUUGCGGAGAACUUCUACGGUGGUUCGACGGAUGAUCAGAAUUCCAAGUGGCCUGAAGUGAUCCGUUCCCUAUUGGACAAGAGUGAUCAUCUAGGGCUGACCCCGGAUGGAAACUUCAAAUUGGCGCUGAAGGCUUUGGGGGGUUGUAUUUGGUAUCUGAAACGUUGCUUGCUGGAUCAGCAAAUAAUCUCGCUGGCUAGCUUCGUGAUGUACAUUCCGCCGGAUGAUGUAGAGACAUGUAAGAAUCUCAGGAUCGUCAACAGCAAUCGCUUCAUGGUGCUCGAUUCUGUGACACUGAACAAUCUCCGCAUAACCGAGGGCGAGCAAUCGCUGGUCAACCGGAUGGACCAUUGCUGUACCAAGUUCGGGAAACGUCUCCUUCAUCACUGGAUCUGCUCCCCGAGCUGCGAGAGGGAUGUUAUUGUGCAGAGGCAGGAAGCGGUUACGGAAUUGAUCGAGGACGUAUCGCUGCUUCAGGACGUGCGUCAAAUUCUCGGUGAACUUCCCGAUCUUGAGCGAAUGUUGGCCCAAAUUCAUACCUUUGGCAAUGCGGAGCGCAGCAAGAACCAUCCGGACGGAAGGGCCAUUCUCUACGAGGAACAAACCUACGGCAAGAAGAAAAUCCAGGACUUCAUCAACACCCUAAAGGGAUUCGGGACGCUAACUAAACUCCCAGAAUUGUUCGGAAAAGUUUCUUCAAAGCUUCUGGUUCAACUGACUCAGACAUCCGAACGGGGCGGAUCUUUCCCGGACAUGGCCGACAAGAUUCGAUUCUUCGACGAAGCGUUUGAUCACGAACAAGCUCUCAAGGAUGGCGUCAUUGCUCCGGGCGAAGGUUUGGACGCGGAGUACGAUGCCGUCCACAAAGAGAUCAAAAACAUCCUGGAAGAACUCGAAGAGUACAAACGCAAGCAGGAAAAGUACUUUGGCUGCAAGAUAGCCUUCUUCGGAACGGAUAAGAAACGCUUCCAGUUGGAAAUCCCGGAGAGUGCUGCCAAGAAGGCCAACAGCGGCUACACGUUGGAGGGUCACAAAAAGGGGAAGAACGGCGUCAAACGGUACCACACGGACGAGACGCGCGAAUUCCUCAAGCGGAUGAUGCAGACCGAAGAUCAGCGCAAAAUGGUGCUCAAGGAUUUGUCCAGACGAAUUUUCGAAAAGUUCUCCAGCAGCUAUGAAAUGUGGAGAACUUGUAUCGAUCUGACAGGGACACUGGAUGUCCUGACGUCCCUUGCGGAGUACGCCCGAAGCGAGGGAAACAUGUGCGUGCCGGAGAUCUUGGAUGACUCUGCUGGACAGGUCUUCGAGUUGGAGGAAGGAAUCCAUCCCUGUGUGAGCGAUUCCGAGAACUACAUCCCCAAUGGCGUCAAUAUCGGAGGAGAGGGGGCUCCACUAGUUCUGCUGACCGGUCCGAACAUGGGCGGUAAAAGCACUCUGAUGCGUCAGGUCGGCAUCUUGGCCGUUAUGGCUCAGAUCGGUUCCCGAAUCCCUGCCGAAAGCUGUCGUAUGACGCUCAUCGAUCGCAUCUUCACCCGGUUGGGAGCCAACGAUGACAUUAUGGCCGGACACAGUACCUUCCUGGUAGAGCUGAACGAAACUUCCACAAUCCUAAAGCACGCCACCCGCAAAAGUUUAGUCCUGUUGGAUGAAUUGGGUCGAGGAACGGCCACCUACGAUGGAACGUCGAUCGCCGGAGCGGUGGUCAACUUCCUGGCCGAUCUCAAGUGCCGUUCGAUGUUCUCGACUCACUAUCACAACUUGGUGGACAACUUCUCCACGGACAGUCGCGUCCGGUUGGGUCACAUGGCUUGCAUGGUGGAGAACGAAGACGACGAGGAUCCGACACAGGAAACGGUUACCUUCUUGUACAAGUACGCUGAUGGAGCAUGUCCAAAGUCUUACGGAUUCAAUGCUGCCAAACUAGCUGGCAUGCCGGCUUGUAUCAUCAAGCGGGCCCAUGAACUCUCGAAAACCGUUGAAGCGGAUGCGUUAAAACGCCGAAUCUUCACCAAUUCGCUUCUACAAGAAGAUCCUCACGAUCUGAAAGAACUGCUGAACAAGCUGAAGGCGUGUCGGUUCUAAGUUCCGAAGGUGGCGGUAAGUAUUCCAUUCGCUACCUAGCUUCCCAAAAUUUCCUGAAUGUACAACAACUUCCAUGACGCGAAUAUUGAGUCAGAAUUUCAUAAUUGUUAUCCCUCUAUCGUUUGACAAACCGAAACCAGUAUACGUAUAGAUAGGACGUUAAGUUUUAUAUUGCUUCUGUAGAGUAGGUCUCAAUAAAUUCCUGGUGAUAAUCAGAGUAAAAUGCAAA